AUGCGAAAGCAUCUGGCAGAAAAGUUGAGGCCAGUCUUUGCAAUGCUUUACCGACUUGAAGGUUUUUCAUAUCAAAGCAUUAAUCAGAAACAAGGGGGAGAAGGUGUAUCUGGUGGAUCACGAAAAGAAGAACCCAAAGCUCCAGUCAAGCCUGUUGUCAAGCAGGAACCAAAGGGUAAGGAAAAACUGUUCAGUAAUGACCCUAUUAUUGACAAUGAAGAAGAAGAAGAGCCUGAUGAACAAGAACUACAAAGACGUAAAGCUCGUGAAGUCGAAAUGGAUGAGCACCAACGAAUCAUCUGA